AUGUCGCGCUUCCUAAAGAGCUGUGUCUUUCUGGACCUUUUCUCCCGGUGUGUCAGCCUCGGUGCCACAGGGAUCUACAAGUGUACCUUCUCCCAUAAGAAACUGGGCAUCCCCAAAGAGCACCUAGCUGCCAAGAGUCUGCCUCACCUAGUCUCGCUCAGUAUAGACAACAACCUCAACCUCAACCAGUUUAACUCCUUCAUGGCUGUGAUCAAAGACAUGCUGACUCGUAUGGAGGCAGAACACAAGACCAAACUGGAGCAGCUACACAGCAUGCAGGAACAACAGAGGAGUAUGAAUAUUAAUACCAGUCAGACCAACCAAUCGGAAGAGACGACGCGCACCCCCAGCCCUGGCAACCAGAUUGAUGAUGUCUUUGGAGGGAGUUCUAGGAGUGCAGGGGUUAAUGGGAAAGCGAACGGAAACUCGGCAUCAGCUCCCCAACUCAACAGAAUGUCUUUGACUCUGGAGGAGAAGCAGCGUUUAGCCAAGGAGCAGGAACAGGCAGCCAAACUAAGAAACCAGCCAGCACUAGCCCCCCAGAGUAUCAAACCAGCUACUCCUUCUACCCAGGCCAAGGACCUGACCAGCUGCCUGCUGAACAAUAUGACAUCCCUGGGCAGCCUGUCCCUCACCUCUCCCCCCAGACCAGGCCUCAUCCAGGGCAGCACCAUSUCAGCKUACCCCUCCACCACCCCCAUGGGCUCUCUGGUCAGCAACGGCUACAACCCAACCAUGGGCUUCCAGACAGGGGGUCUGGGCAUGCGGCCCCCCGGCCCCGGCCUCUACGGAGGGAUGGCCACCACCACCAGCACCCCUAACUUUGGUGCCCUGACCCACAACCAAGGGAGUACCAACACCCCUGACAUGUCUGCCUUGGACUCCUUGUUCACUUCCAACAAGCCCAAAGUCAGCCUCAACCAAAUGGCUCCUCCCAAGCCCACCCCUGAGACCACCGCCACCCCCUGGCUUAAUCAGUUUGGUUCAGCCCAGCCCAGUCAGACUGCKCCGAUGCAGGGCGCGCCAUUAGCCAUGGGAGGGMUGACCAGCGGGUUCGGYAUGCAGGCCAACCCUUUCUUCAGCCCGCAYAACUUCUCUCAGCCCACMSCCGCUCCCGGAAUGAACGCGGGUGGUGGGCUCAGACACAGUUCGUCCGUCAACAACGACCUGAAAGACCUAUUUGGCUGAAAACAACUU